AUAAGUCCACUCUUUCUAAGCAUCUUUCAAAAGUUAUUGAUGGACUUUAUGAUAAUUGCAGAAAAUUUAUUUUUUUCCCCACAUCACCCAGAGGUUGGCGUGAUGUUAAGAGGGACUUUUUUCUUUUAGGUGGCAUACCCAAUGUCCUUGGGGCCAUUGACUGCACUCAUAUUGCCCUAAGACCCCCUGUGCGCAGGGAGAUAAUAUUUAGAAAUAGGAAACACUUCCACUCCUUAAAUGUGCAGAUUAUAUGUGAUGCAAACAUGCGCAUAUUAAAUGUUGUGGCAGGGUUCCCAGGAAGUAGCCAUGAUGCCUACAUCCUCAGGAAUUCUGGUGUGUGGAGAUUGUUUGAGACAAAUCAAAUGCCUGAAGGACAUCUCCUCGCAGAUUCUGCAUAUCCUCUUAAAAAAUGGAUUUGGACACCAUUGAAAGAGAACCAGGUUGUUGGGCCUGCUGAAUUAAGAUAUAAUGAAGCACAUAUCCGAACACGUGCUAUAAUAGAACGACUGUUUGGUGUUCUAAAAAUGCGCUUUCGCUGCCUGGACAGAUCAGGGGGGGAUCUCCAAUUCAGUCCGGAAAAAGCUAUUAAAAUCAUAGUGGCAUGUUGCUGUCUACACAACAUGGCACAGGAGCAUGGGAUGUUGAACGACUUACUUCCAACACCACAGCCCCCAGGUGAAAUCUUUGAGCCUGAUGUAAUUAAUCAUCCCCAACCCCUCAAUGCCCAUUUGGAGAGAUCUGCAACUAUUCAAGAAUUCUUUUCAGAUUGAAGAUUCUCAGAAAUGGAAUACCACUCCCCUCCCUCUCUCCUCAUCCCUAUAUUUACCACAUUUUCCCUAAAUAAAUGUAUACUUUACUCAAA